GACAAAACAAAGCCGCUCGUCUACAUCAUUAUUAGCUUCCCUGUUAGACCAUUAGCAUCGAUAAUGUGCCCAUGUAGACGAGACAGACAAUGCCGUGGCUGAGCGGUCACCUGCUUCGCAGAUUUCGCUUCAGUGACGAGAAAAGGCAAAUGUGGGGUCGUUCUGCUUCGAUGGCAAUAAACACCAUGUGUAGUGAGGCGUGUGAUUUAGGGAUAUUGGACACGGUAUCCCUUCACUCUUUAAAGAACUACGGAUUUGUGCGUUACAUAAUCCGCAUACAGGAGAGGUGAGGCCUGUUCUCUCCUAAGCCCCGAUUGGAACAUCUCUUGGAUCACAUUUGUUGCAGUCAGUUAUUCGUUGCAAGUGCUUCAGGAAAAAUUCCAUCAUCUGGGACCCCGUAAGUAAGAUCCAUUGGAAGACAUGAGGCAUCGCCAUGAUAUACCUUAUCAUGGUGGUCUUCUCUACUAUUGCAUUGCCAUCCUGCACAGGAAUGGAGUCAGCCCUCCAUUCUGCCAGGACCAAGCAAGCAGUCAGUCCUUCCUUCACCAGCAGAGCUUCUCCUGACACUACAUUAUCUAAAGAAACUAGUGGAAAACCAUAUCUACUGUAUCCACUUUUCAGAAGACAAGAGUCAAGCACCCUUGAUGUAGUGACAAACCUUUCCUUCUCGACACAUAGCGUCUUUGGCCUUUCUUUAGAUAAACACUCUUCAUGGCAAGGCAGCAGCUUAUCCAAAGGCUGUGGACACCGCAAGCAUAACUACAAAGGUAAAGUUAUCAGUGGAACCAAUGGAGAGGAAAAUCUAAGAACAAGACGGAAACUUGCAGAACACAAGUUAAGGAUUCGUCCAGUUCUGAAUUCUCAUUAUCGGCAUAAGAACUUGGAAACAGAGCAGCAGAAUCGUAGCAGUGACAUCCGUACCUUCAAGAUCGACGAAAGAAAUUUGAUGUCAAAUACGAGUGAAGUAGACGACAGGGUUUUAGAAAACAAACUUAAAAAGAAAAUAUUUGAUUUUAAAAAACCUAUGAACGGGGACCCACUUUCUUUAUCUGCUGUAUCAGAACUGCACAGUCUAGCAAACAACGUUCUAAGAAUGACUACAGACAGUAUGAAGAAUAGUCAAAACUGUGAUAAAGUAAAGCGUAGCGUUGACUCAAAGAAUCUGGAGGAGGCAUUCGACGAAGGGAUUCGUCAACCAGGCAACUGGUCUUCCGUAUUACAAGAAACAUCAAAUGACUCCCGUGGCCUUAACUUAGAAAAUCCAGACCCUUCCCGUGUUUCACCCAAUGCCCAUGAAACUCGUGGCUCUAUUAACAUCACUAAAACCACAAACUCCACCAGACGAGGUAAGAGGAGAAGGAGAGGAAGAAGACGGCAGCAGCAAAGCAAAGAUCUUGCUCUUUGGAUUGAUGAACAACAGGUCAAGCUCUUCAGUGGGUACACGAUGGAGAUUUUUGUCAUCCAUGAUGGGAAAGUGCUGCCUUACAUCUUGGACCCAAAUUUUGAGAAGCAUUUGCCUGUGAUCCCAUACGAGGUUCAACGAGUCAAUUUUACCUGGCAAGCAGGACGGAGAAGAUAUUACUACACGUUUGACCGGCUGUUCUCACACAACCCAGAAAUCCUAGAGGCUCCUGUUGUGUCUCUCUCUCCUAAAGGAAGGGUCCCAAGGAAACCCAAAGUGUUCACUGUAAAUCUCUACUGCUUUGGAAACUCUUCUGGCAUUGCGUCGUUUGAGAUAGGCCUCCUGAUGCAGACUCGCAGGGGUAAGCCCUUGCCUGGGACGCCACUGAGACUAAAACUCCGCAAGGAAUGCACACAGUCCAGUAAGCACAACAACAGUUACGGUGUUGACCCGGAAUGUGAUGAGAAGUGUGAAAAUGGCGGAGUGUGCGAUGUGGGUCGCAAAUGCCAGUGCCCUGAGGGGUAUAUGGGACCUUAUUGUAACACAGCACUUUGUUACCCCCAGUGUAUGAAUGGGGGCACUUGCACGACUCCCGGGCGAUGCACGUGUCCUCCCGGGUAUCAGGGGCGUCACUGUGAAGGAGGUAUAUGUCGUGAAAAAUGUGAAAACGGAGGAAAGUGUAUCCAGAAAGACACGUGUGCCUGCCCAAGGGGUUACUAUGGAAACCGGUGUGAAUUCAGUAAAUGUGUCAUUCCCUGCAUCAACGGAGGUCGAUGCCGAAAUGUCAACAAAUGCAGGUGUCCUCGAGGCUUUGCUGGAGACCAUUGUGAAGUCGUCACUGGGCACAACAUUGGUGCCUUGUCUCUCAUUCGUUGCUCCAGGAAAUGUCGUCAUGGAUCCUGUAGUGGCACGAACUGCAUCUGUAAAGAAGGCUUCACUGGGAAGUGGUGCAGAAGACGUGGAAAUUCACGAAAGCGAGUCUGGAUGUAAGAAGGAAGGCUCCAGAAACCUGGCCUCGUCCCUUCCCGGCUCCCGCUCGCCCUGCCGACAUUACGUACAAGUUGGUCGGCCCACUUCUAUGAGGAUCCUUUGCCCCAGCUGCAGUUAUUGAGUAGAGCAUACUUUCAAUAACAAUAUCUUUAUAUGAACAUUCUAAAGCACUUUGAGACUAUAGCAUAUUCUAUAAUGAAAAAAGUAUUUUCCUAUAGAAUGAUCUUUCGUGAAUAUGUAAAUGAUAGUCAUACUUUUUUUAGCUAAAAUGUGAAAUGUAUUAAAGAUAAACCUAAAACUUGUGCUUUUACAAAGUGCCAUUUCAUUAGCUAUGUGAUGAAAAUUUGUGAACCUGUAACACUCUGCAUAAUCUCUUUAUCUACAGAAUAGUCUUUGCUUAUCUUAAUGUGACAUAUUUUAGUAAGCUUUAGAGGAAAGGUGCAGGGUUCGUAGUUGCGAUGAAAGAAAGACUGCCAGCAAAGACUGCACAGAAACAGCCGAGUGAAUUCAGCAGUUCUUUCACCAGACGCGUCUCUUUGAUAUAUCGGUCGUGAUGCCACAAACAUUGAAAAAGUAAUUAGCUCAUCUUGAGCUGUUAAGAUUUUGCUUUUGAAUAGAAAGAUGAAACAAAGAUGAGUCGAGCAUACCCACCAUUGUUUUUGGGAUCUUGACAUCCAGGUUCGCAUUACUGUCAGCCAAUGAGAUGUUAUGUGCAUGAAGAAGAAAUGGGUGAUCUAAUAAAUUUAUUAGGAUUCUGGAAGGUCCCGAUGCAACGAUUCUUGGUCAAAAAGGGAAAAGUAAACAGUGAUGCCAGCAUCCAGCGAUAAGAGAAUGUGUGCAAAUAAUUAUAGAGGCGUUAUGAGGAAACAUCUUGAUAAAAAAGGAAGAUGAAAGUCUAACGUGAAUUUUGUCCGUGAUUUUAGGUUUUUGUUACCACUGUUUCACAUAUGCAUAUAUAAACAUAUGCACUUUUAAAUACAUACCUUAUGUGCACACAAAAGCAUUGCAACUGAAUUACAAUAUAAGAUUCGGUGUUUUUCAAAGCUCUGGAGAAAUUAGACAUUAGGAACCUUAAGAUUCAAGUUCUUCUACAUCAUUCCAGGUGAUAUGGCUGACAAAUGGUCUUUCUUGGUAUACGUCCAUACUACUUAAAAGUUUUAAAUUCUGACUAUUUUUUAAUGUGUUCUAGUCGGUGCUUGACGCAAGCAAAACGAAUUGGUAAUUUAAGGUACUGGAAAAAGUUUACGGUUAAGUUUCUGAUAAAUAAAUAUCGGCUUUCUCUGUGAUUCUCGUAAUGUCAAAUACUAAUGCGUUUUUGAUUGAAAGGUCUUCUGAGGAACGUUUUGGUCAUGCAGUUUUCAAAUGAGGUUAACACAGCUGCUUAUAAUGUAUGACAACUUUUGUGUAAUGCUCUAGUGAUUAUGACCACGACUCGUGGCUUUCAUAAACUUUACGGAAUUGAUGAAACUGCCCUCCUCAGCAGUGCUUCACCUCCAAUGCCUUUCUGUUAAAAGUUGCAGCUGAGUUUUCAUUGAUUUUAAAUGUGCUUCUCGGUAGGUUAAAAUGAUCUAUGGCUUAACUACAGAAAUGGAGGUUCGCUAGAGGCUAAAUAUUGGGAUAGUUUCAGUUCCGGUAUCCUAAGGUGUCAGAAAGGAGGGAAAACCGGCAAUGGCGGGGUAUUGUUAGCCGUGAUUAUGACAGUAUUGCGAUUUCUGUAGCUGACAAUGACUGGUGAUUGACAAGGAGACUGGAACUGAAAUCCUUUCUCGCUUUCUUUUCAAUUGAAAGAUGAACUUAAGUUCAAAUAUAUCUGUACUAAAAGUUGUAAAACAAAUUAUAUUCUGUACUCUAUUUAUUCUGAAGUGUCAGUCUGUGUUGAGCAUCAGGUAAAUUGUUAACUUUGAUAUAAGGGGGAAAUUGAUCACUGGAGUUCAUAUUGCAGUUGUGCCAAUGAAUAGGACUUAGGUCUCAAGGGUGCUGAGGAGUUAUGGGGCACUGUAUCUACUACUUUGAUUCGAUUUUUUUUAUUUUUUUAUUUGGUUGCUUCAGUCGAACUGGUUUCCUUGAUUUUGUAUCUUUUAUUAUUAUUAUGAUGAUGAUUAUUAUUAUUAUUAUUAUUAUUAUUAUUAUUAUUAUUAUUAUUAUUAUUAUUAUUAUUAUUAUUAUUAUUAUAUGUAACAGAAAUCUUUCAGGAUAAAGGAUUUAUUGAUACCCGCGAGACGGAUGCUAUUAAUAUAUGUUUUACUUGGACUGUUUGUCAUAACAUUUUAUAUCAAUAACAAAUGAGAAAAAACGUUUAUUUGUAUUGAUGACCGUAAAAAUAUGCUCACUUUCAGUAAAAAUGUCGACAGACUAAAAUAGUGGAGACUCUGGCUGUGAACUUCGGUUGCUCUUUGACAGGAUGUAACAAUUAGGAGGUGAUCGAAAUGAAUUAUUUCAGUCUAGAAUCCAGUUUUUUUUUCUCUCUCUCUCUCUUUCUUUUAACCAGCAUUUUGCGCAAAACAAUCUUUUGUUAACCUCCAUACCUUUAGGAAUUUUCAUGGAUGCUUACUUGACAGUGUCAAAGUAUAGAAAGUUAGCUGAUUCAUUGCUGGAUUAGGAGCUUCUGUUGUUGAUGAGACUCCGAUUGCUUCGCUUUUCAUCUCCCAGGACAGCGGGGAUGACGGAGGACUUACUCGCCUUCUUGACAUUUUCACUGAGCUUAAGGGAAACUCAGAGCUUGAUGGCCUUCAAUCUUUUCUUCUUCUUCUUCUUCUUUUUCGUGGCUUCUUCCAUAGAUGUGUCUGCUCAUGUUGAAGAAUAGUAACUUGAUUAUGACUAUUUCAUGGCAUCUUUGAAAUUUUGAAGAAGAGUGAGUUUUGACUCGACACCAAGUUUAAUGUAGCUCUUGUUUUUAUGACAGCACAGUUCAGAGAAAUGCUGUUCUAGUUUUUAAUGCUAUGAUUGUAUCCUAAAUAAAUAUGUAAAAGGCAUAAAUUCCCUUGAUUCUGUGAUUUUUAUAUAGUCAGAAGAUAAUAAAUGGAAUGUUAUGGG